AUGCGGCGGCCGCGCGGGGACACGCCGGCCAGAAACAACCCGUCACCAUUGGAGCUAGAGUUUGGAGGCUCUCGUCGGCCCCCUCCCCAGGCCUCGUCGCGCGCCCUCCCGCAGCCGCCAAGUGCCGUCGCGGCCAUCCCACCCGGCGCGCGCACCCCUCGGCGCCGUCGCGCGCGGGGGGCCGCCGCCCAGGGGGUCCGCCUCCCCCAGGUACAGUUGCGCGCGUGCGGGGAGCCGCCAUCCAAGCGCAGUCGCGCGCGGGGAGGCGCCGCCAAGGCGCCGGCGCGCCCACUCUGCCUGCACGCGCCCUCCCCGCGGCGCCAACCCGCGCGCAGGGCUACCGCCAAGGCGCCGGCGUGCCCCUCCCCUGCCGCCUCCAAAAAGCACCGCGGCGUCCUCUGCUUGCAACAAGCCUACUGUUGGAGAAUCAUCAUGGAAGAACAGAGGGUAAAUCACAGAGAAUUGAAAAUUGUUGUUAGAGUGCGCUCGUUUUUCAGUUUACCUGACAAUGGUCCAAAAUCAUGGUGGCAAGGUAGAACUUUGCCAACCAAGAUUGUUGACAUAAAUAGUUUUGGGCUGCUGCAGCUAGUUGAUUUCAUUGUUGAGCACUGCUUGUGGGGUUCUAAACAAUACCAGACUUUGUGGUGUGAUUUGGAGAAUUACUCUAUGAAGAUUAAAUCUGAUGAAAAUUUGUUAGAAUGGUUUCUAUUGAAUAUAGAGAAGGGAUUAGUAUGCAUCAAUGCUCAGGUAAUUGAUUUUCAUGGUCCACUACAGUUUUCACCCACAAAGCGAAGGUUUCAUCCUUCGGUGAGGUCUAGUGUGCUCCUGAUUGAGGAAGCCACAAACAAAACAGCCACAAAUGAGAGAGCCACAAACAAAACAACCACAAAUGAGAUAGACACCAACAAAACAGCCACAAAUGAGAGAGGCACAAAUGAGGAAGGGGAAGAGGUACAAAGUGACAGCAGCUAUGACACAGAUUUGGCUGCAUCAUCAGACUCUGGGGAUGAUAGCAACUCUGACACUGAGUUUAAUCCUGAUGCUGAAAUUGUUGAUGAGAAAGAUGAGUAUGAUCUUCCCAUGUUUACAUAUGACGCAGGUGAUCCAUGUAUUGAUGUGAAUGUGAUCUUCCCAGAUACGGAUCAAUGCAAAUUAGCAGUCACACAUCAUGCUGUCUUGCAUGAUCAUGCUUUCGAUAUUGUGAAAAAAGACAGGAUCAGAUUUAGAGUUAAGUGUAAGAGAGCUGAACAAAGAUGCAAGUGGACUUUUUUUGCAUCUACAAGCAAGAAAUAUGCUGGUUGCUAAUUUUUCAAGGGGUCAAGGAGAGGACAAUAAUGAGACAAUGUAAGUGAUUGAUGGCUGCUGUUCGUUACUAUUUUUCAAGCAAAUUUCAGUGUGCACAUAAAUUGACUUGCUAUUACUCUCUUCAUGUGAAGUGCAAGUGAUAUAGGAAGGGGAAGGGGAAGAGGAAGAGGUCUAGAAGAGGGCAACAAUGAGACACUUGCACCUAGAUAAGAAAGGGGAAGAGGAAGGAGCCGAAGAGGAGCAACUUCUAGGAGGUUUGCUACUUUGUUGGGUUUCAGUGAUUAAUGUGUAGCUCACUACUAGUUGCUUAGGAAACCCACUACUGGUAGCUACUUUUGUUUGACAUGUCAUUUAGACCUGUGUUGGUGGUUGACAUGUUCUCUGGACCUCUAUGUUGUCAUCGAACAUGAUACUAAGAUGGCAUGUUAUAUGGAUAUGGUUUGUUGCUCUUAAUGCAAUAUUUGCCAAAUUAGUUUGUUGAUUGAUA